GUCGGUUUGGCUCCGUUCAUAAAGCUGAAACUUCGUGGUCUGCAAAAGCCGUCGUUGUUCUGUUGCCAUCGUUUCGCUAUUGAUGCAAUCCCGUUGGCCGAAACGCGAUCGUCCAUCGAGACAUGCGUAACGGAGAACAUUAAACGGACUUAGUUCGAGUGUGUGAAACAAGGUACAAAAUGUCAUGAGAUCGAGUGAAUGGUGCUAUGGCUGUUAUUUGGCUAACGUGUGACAGACGUGUUAAUUGAUACGGAUUGCAAGCACUAGAAUCGGCGCUACCACGACGCAAUAUAAACCCAAACUGCGUUUCUAAGUUGGACGUACGGGGUGGAACAGUUUCACAAAGUGUAACAUAUAAAUGGAAAGUCAGCGCACGUUCCAGAAGUCAAGGUAGACAAUCGUUCAAGCGCUGUGCAGCAGUAGCAUCAGACCUACAAACAGAAACUUCAAAAAGGAUAACGCUAGGCUGAAGUGCGGGUCGUGGAAUCGGCGGCUCGACGUCUGGGUGUCGCGGUGUAGUUAGUUUGCUGUUGUGAAACGUGAACCAGUGACAAGAGAAAGGAUUGACAAGAAAAAAGGCUCAUCAAAACGUUAUUCCAACACUUCGCAGGGAUACGUGCUGACGACUUCUGCUCUACGAUCCUGUAAUUAAAGCAUGUGUUAAUUUUUAAACUUGGAAAUCUCGCGAAUAUGAUGUGUCAAUGUUGACACUGGCUAGAACAUCCUUCACCUCCGCGCCAAAGGGGGCGCUGUGAGCACAUUUAGCAUAUGCUUAUACUUCUCGUGCAAAUCACAGCACAUAAACCAAAACCUCUUACCACUGGUGUUCCUGCGGCUUCCUAGAGUCGUUCUGUCUGCGAGGAUUCAGUGUCAAAACGAAGUGCUUCCGUGCGCCUUUUUAGCACGGCGCUCACAUGAAUAAGACGUGAGAGGACGCCAAAGCAGAAUUCCGGCCAGCCAGGAUAGGAUGAGCCCAAUACUACUUGAACAUCCGCCCGUGUAGGCGUCGCUAGAGGAGGAGAUGCGAGCCUCAUCGUUACCCCUCGGGGUCCUCUGGGGAGGUCUCUUGUUGAUUAUACAACGGAUCAGCUUCUCUGAGGCAUGGCGGGGCUUCUGCCCUUUACGAUGCCAUUGUAACGAUGACGAGCUCGCAGUCCGUUGCGACGACGCAUCCUUGGACGUGAUUCCCAUUACGCUGAAUCCAGGCCUGCGGGAGCUCCAUUUAUCACGGAAUAAUAUUAAAAAUAUUCUCGGUUCGUUCAGCGUCUAUGCCCAGCUGGAAAAUUUGAACGUGAGCUAUAAUCAACUGGCGAACCUCAACAAAAACAAUUUUCACUUACGUCACCUCAAGCGAUUGGACCUCGGAAACAAUUAUGUGGAACAGGUCAAUGCAGAAACGUUUAAGGGAUUACAGAACCUAAACGAACUCAACCUGCACAGGAACUCACUCAGCACAUUACCAGCUCGGGCGUUCCACGACAUGCGCAACCUUGAAAUUUUGGACCUAUCACAGAACCAGCUCGUCAAGGUCGACUCUGCGGCCUUCAUCGGUCUAGUGCGUUUACACAGACUCAUCUUACGCGCAAAUUCGUUUGAAGAGAUCCCGAGUGAAGCGUUUGCCCACCUAUCUCAUUUGCACACGCUCGACUAUGGAGCCAAUUUGUUACCAAGUAUACCGAAUCACGCGUUCCACUACCUCAGCCGCUUACGGGAGCUAUAUCUAGACAGGUGUGGCAUUGUAUCGUUUGAACCCAACGCGUUCAGCGGACUCGUAUCGCUCAUCGGCCUUAACCUCCAGUACAAUGCAAUUGAGGAAUUCCCUUCAACAAGCCUUGCGGAACUUCAUAAACUCGAGGAAUUGACCGUUGGAGGGAAUCGCUUUACCCAAAUUGAGUCAGACGACCUAAGGGUCCUGCCAGCUCUAAAGAAAUUUAGCCUAACACAGUCGGAAACGUUUGAGACCAUUGCUGAGGACGCAUUUUCACGGACGCCGAAUGUUGAACAGGUGAUAUUAGAAAAUAACAAACUUUUUCAGUAUCUGCCUGAAAAACUUUUUGCGCAGCUGCGGGUUCUAAAGCACAUCAGUCUACGAGGCAACUCUUUGCAGUUCAUCCCACCAAGGGCUGUACCUAUAGAGCAGUUAGACUCUUUAGACGUAUCUUUGAACCCGCUCGUUUGUAACUGCUCCGUAGAAUGGCUUUGGACUCAUUUGAGGUUCCAUGAAUCGAUUGGCAAUUACCCCAAUAAUAGCUCAGCAGUCCGCUGCGGCGGUCCUACCCAUCUGGAGAACGAGUACAUCAAGAACUUGUCAAAAGUCGAUCUCGACUGCGAUGGGCCGACAAAGCGUGGUAUGCUUGUUGUGUGUAUAGCAUCAGCCUGUCUGUUAGGUAUUCUAAUCGCGGCAGGAGUAGCAAUAUGGUGGCGACGACGCUCCCAGAUAUUACUGAUUAAGACGAAACAGUUGCAAGCAGCUUGCUGUGAUGGUGUAGGCGCGGGUAUACUUGGGACCUCGCCUAUGGUGCAUCACGCCACUGACUUACACAGUAUGCACCAUAGCUUGCAUCAUAACCAUCUACAUCAAGCAUAUCUAACGCAGGCCCAUUUCGGUAGUCCUGGUGGAGGAGCUGUCCAAAGCGGCACUCUCGGAAGUGGCACUUUGCCAGGUGUUGGCAGUGGUGGGGGCGGCUUGCAACUACAGCAAGCUCAGCAACAACAAUCGCCCUAUCACAACGGUAGCAGUGGUUCGUCCUAUUACUCGAGUCAGCACACUCUUAACUCGACGGGGUAUCUGAUAGCCAAUCCGAUGGAUUCAAUGAUGAACCAGCAUGUUUAUAUGACGGUCGGUCCACCCAGUCCACAGCAUCAACAAAACAUGCAAGGUCACAAGCCACCGCCAUCUCCUCCCAUGAGUCAAGCGUGCGUAAACUACUACACGAUUUCAACCACCGAAAAAAAGUACAAGUCCGCAGGUGCGCCCCUUGCCUACAUCUGAGCUGAUAGCGUGUAUAAAUAUUUAAAACCUUAUACAUCACACGCGCCUAAAUAACCCACUAGAUGGAGGCAACGGAACGGUGAUGGUCUUUGAACCGAUUGACCUUCAACAACCGUCGAAAAUGCCAUCAAAUACUUACUGCUGUCUAUCUGGGCCUAUAGUAGAUACCUAUAACAACAGUAAUAAUAAUAAUAAAAAAACAUGGGUUUGGGUGGUCGGUAUGACUUUGAAGCAAAAGCUAGUGCCCAUCCUCACUUGUCAAAUGUCAGCCUUUGUUUUGUAGGCUAUAUUAAACUUAACUGACUGAGGGUUUGGGCGCGCACUUGAGCAGUGCCAAUAUUUGCCGUAGAAAAAGAAUAAAUCCACUUCGUGUAAAUAUAGGAAGACCAACACACAAUUUCAGCAUAGAUAAAAUAGAUACGAAUUGAAGACAACGCAAAUUCGACAGAAGAAAGAAAUUAACAGAAGACAAAGAACGGAUGAAGUAAAAAUACGAGUCGAUUUAGUCAUCAUCACAAGUAUAUGCACACAACUCGUGUACACUUGUAUAGCAGGCAUGUCCGGUGACAACAAACGAUGACCCUUCUCCCCAAUCCAACCAACAAAAAGAAGAAGCCAUUCUUUUUCCCCUGAAGCUUCCGCCUUCCUCCGCCGUUGCCGGUAAUGCCACGAUGAAAAGCGUGCACAAUUGUAAAUAAGGUUAUAUAAAUACGAUAAUAACAAUAGCGGUAAUACUGGAAAUAACAAGAUGGAAAAAGUCACGGAACGUAGAAGCAGAUGAAACCAAUACAGCUAAUAAGAGCGAGCGUAGACAGACGCUCAUGUUCCUGUACACUGCACUGCCUCACAUUCGCCAGAAUGACGAAACAGUAGGAAAAAGCCGCCGGGACAUCGCGUAUGGACUAACAGAGUGGUUUUCGUCCGCAGUAUCUGCCAUUUUAUCGGAAGAUAGCUAUAGCCACAUAGCACUUUAAAACAGGUAACAAAGUAAAGAUUGACAUUGGACAGUUCGUUGGAUAAUCGUGAUUUCACAGCCUACUACAUGCGAUAUAUAAGAUAUAAUUGGAUUAACAUAGAAGCUGUUAUACUAUUUGACGCCAUAUUGACGAGAAGAGAGAAAAAUUAGAGAAUUGUAUACGACUCAACUAACUGGCAACAGGUGCCAAUAUAAGAGCGUCUUCUAAUUAGUGGCUAUUUGAUAAUUAUUUUCAUAGCUAUCGUAUUCAGAGCGAACCAGACCUAAAGCAGAAACAGAGUGCGUCAAUGUCACGUUAGCCUCUCGCCUGCAAUAUAGACAGUACCGUUAACGAGCACAAAUACUGUGAGAUCGAAGGGCAUGGAGCUAGCGUGCGUGUGUGCGUUUGUUGCUUAUAGAACAUAUCGGCCAUUAUGGGAACGCCAGUGAUGAAAACGAAGCAAAGAAGGAAAAACCGAAAACGCCACACGUUCAACGGACUAACUGGCGAGAGAUAUUAUCCUGACGAUGGCACGAUGACGAGUGUGGACUUGCACGCCAAAAACUCUGCCUAGUCCGUACCCCUAGUCUACGUCGACUAGGGACAGUCACGCAUUUUAAAUCAAUGCGCCAAAUACGUCGCCACCGGAAAUUGUCACGGAAGUGAACGCAGUUUUGUAAACCGGAAUCAGCACAUCCAUCCUCUCCUUGCCCGAAAAUCCCCUUCGCCCUACCCCAAAUCGCUCUCAACGAAUCAUAACGACAAAAACAAUUCCUGCCAGUUAUAAACUGGUCCCAAUGAUGAUAGAAAGUGAUACAGAUAAGAACAGAUAUUUAAAAAUCUACCAACCAACGCCAAAAAAAAGAGAGUAUUAUGUGUGGUGAACGCGUGAUGAUGAAAUAGGGACAGGCAAACAACGACUGAGACACACGGAAAGACACACUGAGAGAACAGGUAUAUAUAUAUAUAUAUAUAUAUAUAUAUAUAUAUAUAAUAUAUAUAUGUAUAGCAAAAGUGAAAAAUAUUAAGAGAAAAGGAGCGAGAGGA